AUGGAACUGUAUAUUCUAAUUUCUCUCUUUUUAUCCAUCCCCAUUACUUCUCAUUCCCUUAACAUUCUAUUCUAUGUUCCUACUCUGUCCCAUAGUCAUAUCUCAUUCAACACUAAACUUGCCGAAGUUCUGACGUCUUACGGUCAUUCGGUUACUGUACUUUUGGCGCAAGUCGACGAUACUCUCCUUAUCGAAAACGUCACGGAUUAUACUGUACUUCGGAAGAAAGUUGGCGUACCACGUGGGCAUUUGAGACAAGUUUUGUGGAGUAAUCCGGGUCCGUAUGAGGAUAGUUCCCCGUUGAACCCUCAUAUUUUCUACAAGUUGCUGAAAGUUUCGAGGACUUUUGUGACUGCUUGUGAGAAUAUUGCAUUCGAUUCCCUAUUUUUGGACAGUUUAAAGGAACAACGGUUUGAUGUAGGAUUGGUGGAACAGUAUGACUCCUGCGGAUUCGGUAUAUUCAAGGCGAUUGGAAUCGAAAGCACUGUUUGGUUAUCGGCCACUGCAAUAUACAGACCACAAGCCGAGGCUUUAGGAGUCUACUUGCCGUAUAGUUAUGUUCCAGAACUGUUUGCCCACUUCUCCGAUAAGAUGAGUUUUCUUCAAAAAGUGAUCAACGUCCUCAUCGGACAAGCCACCUCAUUUGUUCUCGACGUCUUUGUUCAAGGAUUUCAAUCGAGAAUAUUCAACCAGGACUUGGCUUCAAUUUCCAAAGAAACCUCAUCACUCAUGAUUAAUUCUGUUCCAUUUUUCGACUAUUCCAUGCCCAGCAGUCACCAAUUUUCGAAUAUCGGAGGGAUUACGGUAGACAAAAAGGGGACGAAGAAGUUGGAUCCGUACUGGCAAUCUAUCGCAGACUCUGCAGAAAAUGGAUUCGUCCUCGUCAGUUUUGGAGGAAUCGCCCGUACCAUUGACAUGACUUCUUCGAUGCAGAAGAUCUUUUUCGAUAGUUUUUCGAAAUUUCCUCAUAUCACAUUCAUUGUAAAAUACGAAUUCACUUCUAACUCUACCGCCACAAUGCCAGAUAAUGUCAUAUUGACUCCAUGGAUUCCCCAAUUGCCAUUGAUGGCACACAAGAAUUAUAAAACGAUUAUAACUCAUGGUGGAUGGAGUAGUAUUCUGGAGACGACGAUGCACUCGAAGCCAAUGAUUUUGAUGCCGUUAUUCGCGGAUCACGCGAAGAAUUCGAAAGUUGCCGAAUCGAAAGGAGUCGCUGUUUUGUUGGAUAAAAUGAGGCUGAGUCAGCGGAGAGUUGUGCAUGCAAUUAACACGAUUCUGACUAAUCCGAGAUAUACCCAAAACUGCGAAAAGUUCUCUCGAAUGUUCUCCGAUACUCCGAUUCCACAUGAAGAUCUCAUUGAGUGGAGAAUCCGACAAGCAGCCAAACCAUCCAGAAAAGCGUUUGCGAGACAUCUUCGACCCAAGGAACCCGAUUUUUCAUUGCUGAAAAUUAGUUUAAUUUUAGUUCCAGCUUUUCUAGUUUUCUUUACAAAAAGGUUUAGGUGA